UGUCUACGAGAGUGCGGCUCCGAGAGUGUGCACUGACCUGCCGUCUUGUUCUUUCGUGCCUUAGGUUUUUGGAGCAGUAAUUGAAGAUUCAGAAAAAUGGAUGAACGGACAUAAUGUGUGUAAUCACAGAGGUGUUGAAAAUGAGAUUCGAUUGUUUACUUAUACACUGACUGCUCUUCGCUUAUCAGUACGAGAUGUAACAGUGGAAUAAAAGGGUUCGUUUUGGUUCACACACACACAGACAGACAGCACAGCAGAGCGGAACGGCGAAAAAGGCACAAAGGAACUGAGCGAAAUACAGAAAGUAGCAAUGUCAAAAUGACCAUCGGAAAACUGACAAGGUCGUCCACUUCUUGUACGGCUGGACGAGUGAACUUUCAUCACUUUACUCUAACAGGUAGCGAAAACGUGAAUUCGACCCCGAGCCUAAAGCCUUAAAACGAAAGUGAAAAUAAAAAUGAAUACUCCAAACCGGAAAAGAAUCAUCGAAACGGUCACUAGGCCGAGGCCAGCGAUUCGACACCAGAUAAGAGAGAGGACAGCGUGACAAAUGGCAGGUGGGAGAAAUAAACCAGACAAGCAAGUGGUUGUAGUAAUCCAAAAGAAGGUGUUAUUGCUCUUCUGCCUUAAUUGAACAAGCAGAGUCAAAACAAAUGGUGCCGGAACAGAGAAGACAACCACGUGUCAACAACCCACAAACCUAGUUCACCCAGAAGCUGAUGGACAAAAGAAUAAUGUUCAUAGAAGGUGCCAAUGUGUCUCUGAUUAAAGGCAUUGUGGAUGACAUGCUGGACCUGAAAGUCCUGAAUGAGGGGGAGAAAGAGGAGGUGAUUGAGAAUAACAAAGUCACAAGGGACCGGGCUCGUUCGCUGAUAGACAUGGUGAGGAAGAAGGGUAACUCUGCCAGCGAGAAGUUCUUGGAAAAGCUUUUGAGUCGGGACCACAACUUGUACACCUCUAUGGGGUUGGAUGACCAGUCAAUGAAAAAGGCAAAAAGUGACUUGCAAGAAACAUCUGGACCUCAGGGAACCCAGUCUGCUGGACCAGAGACGUGGUUAACACUCUCAACCUCUGAAUUCAUCAAGAGUAUUCAGGAGAAGGAAGCUGACUCGAUUUAUGAAGUGUUUGAUAAAAGAGAAAGAAAGCGCCUGGCUCUGCUUAUUAACAAUGUUGAGUUUGACAAUCCUAAAAUGAAAAGGAAUGGGGCGAUGGAGGAUCAGAGCCAAAUGAAGAGGCUCCUGGAAGAACUGGGGUACAGGGUGGAUAUCCACAACAAUCUUAGUGCACAGGAAGUGGAACAAGCCCUUAAGAAUUUUGCAUCACAUGAAGACCAUAAGCUUUCUGAUAGCACAUUUGUUGUUUUGAUGUCUCAUGGACUCCGGAAUGGGAUUUGUGGGAAGCACUACCAAGAUGGAGAUACAGACAUUUUCUCUACUGAUAAAAUCUUUGAUAUAUUUAACGCAAAAAACUGUGCUGCACUGAGGGAGAAGCCCAAGGUUAUCAUCAUCCAAGCUUGCAGAGGAAGUGAAAAUGGUUCUGUAUGGGUGAGUGACUCCUUGCCAGCUCUUAGUGAUGAUGGCUUGAAAAAAACUCACAAAGAAAAAGACUUCAUUUGUUUCUGUUCCAGCACUCCAGAUACAGUGUCAUGGAGACAUCCUCAAGAAGGGUCAUUACUUAUCCAAAGAAUAGUGGAGGUUUUCCGCCAAGAUGCUUACCAUGAUCACAUUGAAGAACUGUUCAGAAAGGUUCAAAGCCGGUUCAAAGAAUUUCCUCUUCAAAUGCCAACCAAGGAGAGAACCACCCUCUUAAAGAAAUUUUAUUUAUUCCCAGGAUUUUGAGAGGAACCUUUGAAUAUGCUAGUAAAAACAAUCAUUCCAGUUUUGUAUAUUUCUUACAAUUUAUUUUGCUAAAUCUUAAUACUUAACUUACAAUUCAUGAAAGUUAAAUUAAAAUGCAAAUAAUACAGUUCACUAAAUGUUAUUUUCAUGUGAUUAUGGGCAAUUACUUUUUGAUCUAUAGUACUUUAUUUUGUUGUGUUGGUCCAAGUUUUCUUUCAUUUUUUAAUAAACUUUUU